AUGGAUAAAGAAAAAAAGAAAACCUCAUGGGGUAAAUUGUGGACAAAAAAAUAUCCAUGGAUUAAAAAGGCAAAACCGGUUGCUCCUCCACUGUCGAGCCAAAGUGAAGCUGGCACGUCAAGCCAAAGUGAUGCUGUCACGUCAAGUCAAAGUGAAGCUGAAGUGUCGAAUCUAAGUGCGAGUGCAAUGCAGAUAAAUGAACCUACUGAUGCAAUGGAAACAGAAAAUUACGAUGAGAAUACCGAUUUCACUGAAAUGCACGAAACAACUAGCGAAACAACCGAAACCCACGAAGAAGAUUCAAUUCCAAUGGAUGAUUCAACCAUUGACACAACUGAAGUCAUUUCCGAAUUCGACUUGGGUCUAUUUAUGAACAAGCCAUUAUCAUCAGAGCAAAGAUCUCUGUUAUUAAAAAGAUGUUGGGUACCACCACAAGACUACGAUUUUGCAGUAGACUCCGAUGAUUCAAAACGAAACUUUCUCCACAAUUGGUUACAAGUUUAUAAACCUUGGCUUGUUUAUUCAAAGAAAGAAAAGGGCGCUCUUUGCUUACAUUGCGUUCUAUUUCAUAAAACUACAGUGCAAGGCUUUUUAGGCGCAUUCGUUGUUAAGUCAUUCACCAAAUACAAAGAUAUGCACGAAUUGAGCAGAAAUCACGCAAGAAGCAAAUGGCAUCAAACUUCAAUGAAAGCUGCUAUUGAAUUUACAACUGCCAAGCCAGUGGACCUACAGAUGGUAACAGGACAUCAGAAGUUAAUUGAAGAAAACAAGAAAAUAAUCCGUUCGAUCAUAUCAAACAUAAUUUUUUGUGGAACAACCGAUUCACCAUUAAGAGGAAAAGAUGAAGAUUCCGGAAUAUUCAUGGAUCUCAUUCGCUUGAGAAUUGAGGCCGGAGAUGAAUCUCUUAAAAAACACUUUGAAGAAGGACCAAAAAAUGCGAAAUACACCUCACCAGAAAUUCAAAACGAGAUAAUUGCAUUAUGUGGCGAGGUAGUGAAAGAUAUGAUAAUUGCUGACGCUAAAAAGGCAUCAGCAUACAGCAUUUUGGCUGAUGAAACAGCAGAUAUAUCAGGAAAAGAGCAACUGUCAUUGGGUAUUCGAUUUUACGACAAAAGCCAAGCAAAAAUACGAGAAGAAUUCAUGGGUUUCUCUGAACUAAAUGCGAUGGACGCUCCAACAAUUGCAGAUGAAAUUGAUCGCGCAGUCUACGAAACACUAUUGGCACCAUCAAAGACAUAA